AUGCCGAUCAACGCUGCCUCGAGACUUGCGCUUGAAGAGAUUAUUAAUGUCUUACUCAGUGCAACGGGGCCUCGAGGAAAGCGCAGGUUAUGCGACAUGUUUCGAGAGUUACCGGACAGAGAGGCGUGGCCGGAAUAUUACGAUAUCAUACCUCAACCCAGGAGCAUGAACGGUGUUCAGGAGAAACUGAAGAAGAACUCGUACAGAAACGUGAUGGACGCGUACGAGGACCUGAACCUGGUGUUUCUGAAUGCCAUGUACUACAACGAAGAAGGCAGUCAGAUUUGGAAAGAUGCGAACACUCUGAAGGGUAUGUUGGACAAUGAGUGGAAGCAAAGAUCAUCCGUUCUCCCUGUCCCGCGCGACUCUCCUCCACCCUCCUCUGCACAGAAGACUCAUCAACCUGCAGCGCCUACAGCUGUAUCCACGGCUCCUGUUCCGAUAGCCCCUGCCCCGACAGUCGCACCGCCGGUAGCCCCUCCUACACCCGCACCUGCGCCCGCCCCCACGCCGCAAGUCAAGCGAUCCGCUUCCUCUAUUCCCUCUACAUCAAAGCCGGUACCUAUUCUCCCUAAGUCGCCGCCACGACCGCCAUCGCCGGAGAUGGAGAUCGAUAUCGGCGGGGCAUCCUCAGAUCAUGAGCAUGUGGAGGAGGUGGCGAGGGAUGAACAGAGCGAGGAAAUAGUGCGACAGCUCGAAAAGGGGCUUCCUCGGUGGGAAGGGUUCAGCGACGAAGGGUGGAUGGCUGAAACAAAUGAUGACGUAUAUCUGGAUUUGGUUCUAGCUAUCAAGAAUCAUAAGGACAUUGUUAGCGGUAAUCGCCCCUCUGCGUCGCUCGAGACGCUCCCAGAAGACUGGCCUAUCCCACAUACGCCCUACAAUUCUCCCAUAUCACUCAAGUUGAUAGAGAGCCGUUGCCGAAUGAAAAGCUAUCCUUUCAGUAAAUCGUUCGACAUGGACAUGGAGAUCCUAUUCUUGAAAGGUCGUAGAUGGUAUGAGCCCGGUACUGAGAAGUACGGUCAUGUCUGUUUACUUCAGCGGCUCUAUCAAGCUCUAACUUCCUCCUCCCCGCCUUCCGGUCCCCCGUAUGCAUCAUCCACAAACUUCGCUUCCUUACGCGCCGGACCCGGAACUGCGCGGCCUCUUCACUCAAGUGACACCGAGGGUGUGCCAGGCGUCACCACCUUCCGAGUUUCCAUAAAGGACAGGACUUUCGUCGACGAGGUGCAUUACAAGGGAUGGAGCGUCCGACUAGCGGAUUGGCUCCACAUGAGCAAUCCCGACGAUCCCAGCAAACCAAUUGUUGCACAGGUGUUCAAGUGUUGGGUGUCCGAUGAAGCCGCGAAGAAAGGAACGCCCGGGCUAACUGUAUGCUGGUAUAACCGGCCCGAACAGACCAUACACCCUGCCCAUCGUCAGUUCUGGGAAGGCGAGGUCUUCAAGACAAGUCAUUUCGCUGACCAUCCUCUGGAAGACAUCAUCGAGAAGAUAGCUUGCCAAUUUACUGCUAGGCACGUACGUGGUCGCCCACGUCCUCCCUUUUGGUACCCGGGCUGGCCGUUAUACGUCUGUGAUUCUCGAUACAACGACCGAGACCGGCUGUUCGUGAAAAUUAAAAACUGGAACUCAUGUAUCCCAGACGAGGUCCGCAAGAAUCCGGACUUCAUGCCCAUAUAUCCGUUCGAACGCACCGUCUUUCCCCGUCGUUUCGGCAGUCCUUUCCUAAAAGGCAAAAACGUGAAGGGACCCGGUGGGAUUGGCGAGAGUACGGUGAAAGGAGAUGGCGAGAAAGCUGAACCUGGGGCAAAACGGCCCCGACGUACCGGCACUCACAGCAUUGUCGAUCAGACGGGUCCGAAUAAGGGCUUGUAUGUCGGCGUGCCUGGUGCACAGACCUCGACUCCCCCUGGUUCCACCUCGCAAUAUCCCCAGCAUUUCCAGGGGCAACAUCAGGUGCAGCCGCGGCCACAGUCAUCUCAGAACAGGCCGACCGAGGACCGAUCUAUCAUUACAGCUGCCGGAGGUUGGAGUAAUCUUGCGAGUAUCGCCGUACUAGAGAAGGUUCCUCCCGAGACGGCCAAACAUUUUGACCGGGAUCCCGAGACGAACGAGCUUUUGUGGUUCUCCGGGGCACCCAUGAAUGUUGCCCGCCCGUCGGGUCCACAGUACAGCCUUGCGUACCUGCACUUCCUUGCGAAGAAACGGAAGGCUAAUCAAGCGGUGGGUACCGACGAGGAUCCCAACAAGAAGAAGAAGCCCGCCCCUAAGACUGCGACGGAGAUUGUUAAUGCGGUUCUGUCGGACGUUGGGAAGCCAUGA